AUGUCCACCAUUGAAUACUUUCUCAUCGCUGGCGCAACAGGUCGUCAAGGCGGAGCAACAGUCGAUGCCCUCCUCACUCAUCCCGAUAUCAAAAUAAAACCAAAGCAAGUCUAUGCACUGACUCGCCAAGCUUCUGGGUCAGGAGCCAUCAAACUCCGUGAGAAGUACGGAGACAUUAAUAUUGUUGCUGGCGAUUUGAACAACCCAGAAGCAAUUCUCCAACAAAUAGACAAGACCAUCCUUCCCAAAACUGGCAUCUUUCUCGCUCAAGCCCACGGACCGAGUGAAGUCACCGAUGCAAAGGGACUUAUCGAUGCUGCUGCUAGAAAUGGUCUUCCGUACUUUGUGUACUCUUCUGUUGAUCGAGGUGGUCGUGAACUCAGCGAUAACGAUCCUUCGUACUGCAAGACGUUCUCCGACAAAUUCCUCAUUGAGAAGCACCUCAUCAGUGUCUGCUCUAAUUCAAAGAUGGACUACACGAUCCUUCGUCCGACUUGGUUCGCUGAUAAUGCUUGGUGGGGUUUCCCAGGCCAACUUUGCAUGACGGGUUGGCGAGAGAACAUGAACGGAAAAAAGAUGCAAGUCACUGUGACAAAAGACAUCGGAAGAUGGGCUGCCGAAGGCCUUGUCCGUCCUGAUAGGACCGGAAUACGAAAUCAAGCUCUUUCGAUUGCUAGCGAGGAGCUGAGCUUUAAGGACAUUGACGACAUCUUCAUCAAACAUACUGGCAAAGGCGUCCCUGUUACUUAUGGCCUUUUAACACGAUUCAUUAUCUGGAUGAUCAAGGAUCUAAACACCAUGUUUGGUUUCAUCGGUGAGAGACCUUAUGGUGCGGAUCUUGCAUGGUUGAAGACCCAGUUGGAGCCUACUACGUUCGAACAAUGGGUCAAGACCGAUGUCCCUGGACGUGACAACACCAAAGCUUGA